UUCACGUCACUCAAGCGUUCUGAUUGAUUUCCCGAGUGUGGUUUGACUUUGAAGGCUAUAUCAAGCGAAUUGAGACUUCAACGAGGACUAUUUACGUUUACAAAAGAUAGGCUACACGGUAAAGAGAGCUCUUGUGUUGUCACCCCCUGCUCCAGCAUGGACCUUGGAGUGACCCAUCGUCAACGCCACAACCCUGUUGCCAGCAUCUGUCGUAAGCUGCAGACCAUCCAGCGGCACGACUGUGAGGUGAACCCCUCCUCGCCCUUCCAGAUCCCAAAAUUCACCUCCAGCAGCUACGACAACCCCCAGUCCGGCCUGCGCCGCAACCUGGAAGUCAUCCUGAAGAAGCGCGAGAGGGAGGGGCUGUUAACCCCCAAGGGUUCACCCCAGCUUCCCAGGAGCUCCCACUGUCCCAACUCCACCCAUGUCAACCCCACCAUGAACCCCCCCACCCCUGUCAAUGCUACUUUCACAAUCACCAGUAAUCCCGGGGAGUGGAGGGGCACAGGGGUGGGGUUAGCAGGGCAAGGGAGAGGAUGGCAGAGGAACUGCUCCACCCCAGCUGUCCAGAUUGGAGACACUUUUUUCAGCUUCUCUCAUGGUCCCCAGUUUACUCAGCCUGAGGGGACAGGGUCUGAUGGCAGUGAGAGGCACAGGACCCCAUCUCUGUCCCAAACUCACACACCUGCGCAUAGCCUGCUGUCCUGUAACCUCAACUUCUGCUCUUCGGACGCCACUGCCAACCUGCUGCAGAGUGAGCUGCCUUACCCAGCCCUGGUUGUCAAGAGACUGUCCAUGGGAGACGGAGCCAUGUCCUCUGAGAACCGGAAGGAGAUGAUGGCUGAGGUCAGUCUGAUCUGUGAAGAGGAUUUACUAGACACCAUUUUCCAUGUUUGUGACACCCAGCGCAGAGGUAAGGUGUACGUGUCUCGUAUCGUGGACUACCUGCGUCACACCACCAGCCGUGGUUCUGAGGACAGGGGGCUGGAGGACCUGUGUAAUAUGCUGGACCCGGAGCACAAAGAUGUCUCCAUAGACCUGGACACCUACCACGCCAUCAUGAAGGAGUGGAUCGAUGACUGCAGAAAGAAUGGGGACGACACACCAGAGGACCUGACUCAAGAGUCUGUCAGACUCCGAGACAGCCUGUCAGCUAAGAGGUCUGUCCUGCUGAACAUGACCUCAGGCAGUCUGGAGGCAUUUGGAGGGGAGGUGUCACGAGCAGAUCUUGAGACGUCAGACCUGGUGUUCUGUGUGACCGACCUGCAGUUCAGUAACCAGAAGCUUCAGGAGGAGGUGAGGAAGCUGAAGCAGAAUGUGGAGACCAUGGAGGACCAUAACCAGAAACUAGCAGAGGAGAACGAGGAGCUCAAGUCACAGGCCAGACUAGGCCAGCAGCUGGCCCAGAAGGAGAAGAUGUUGAAGGAUGAGGUGGAGGAGAUGAAGAUGAGUCUGAGCUGUACAGAGGAGAGCAGGGCCAGGGCCUCGGCUCAGAGCAAACAUAUGGAGAGAGAGAACCAGAGUCUGAUUGCAAAGAUAAGCUGUCUUCAGGAUGAGAACAUCAAGGUCACCAUGGAGAUGGAUGACCUCCAGAAGAGGAUGAUUGAACUGUGUGACCUAAACGCUGAGCUGCAGGUCCAAAACCAUUCCUUCGAUGCUGUCGUGAGUGAAAAGGAAUCCCUCAUACUCCAGAAGUGCAGACAGAUUGAGGAGCUGAAGGGUGCAGUGGUGGAGUACUCGUCGGCCACAGAGCUGUUGAGAGCAGACAAGACCAAGCUGGAGAGACGGAUGCACAUGAUGCAGCCAGACAUGGCAGUUGCAGGUCUCUCCCUGUCGGUGGCAUACAGGUUGAACCAGAGCACUUCAGGAUCCCUGCAGACAGAACUGGCCCUUGCUCAAACACCUCCGGAGGGUGCGGAGUGUGUGUCGCCGCUGAGCUUUUCAUCUGCGCUAGAUGAGACUCUGGACAGGGAGGUGUUACUGCUCCUGCAGGGCCCCACACCUGACCAGAUGUCCCUUGAGUUCAAGAGCCUCGUCAACAAACUGAAGAGAGAUUUUAAGGACGAGGGCCUCUCCAUCUUGUCAACACUCAGAGGACUCAUACACCACUAUGGAGGACCAGGGGCUAGUAAAGACCCCAGACUGCAGGCGGUGCAGUCUGAGCUGGAUCAGAGGAGGACGGAGUGGGGCCUCAGCCUGGAGCAGUUGGACCAGUACACCGACUCCCUGGAGAACGAACUGAUCAAGAUGGCCAGCAACAUAAGGAGGUCCCACACUGAGAUACUACACCUGUCAGUCAGGGUUCAGGAGCAGGAGAAUCAGAAGCAGCAGCUGCGUGAAGAGUUGGACCAGCUAAAUACCCCGGGGGACAGCAGGGAGGCCAGCUGCCAGACCCCCGACGAAGACCCACAGGCUGGGGAGGACCUGUACUGGGACGAGGAGUUUGUCCUCCAAGACUUCCUGAAGAACGAGGGGGUGGAGACGUACAGGGACUUCAAGAGUCAGGAGACGGGCCCGACGGACGAGGACAGACUGACGGAGAGAGGGGAUCAGCCUGGAGAGGGGGAGGGGAGGUGGGGAGAGGUGGACCGUGUGACCCGACCAGAUGGAGGAGAGGAUCUGAGAGAAACCACAGCGUCAACAGACAGUGACCAGAGGGUGAACAGUCUAUCCCCACAGGGUGCCAAACUACCAGAAUGCUUUGGGCCUGAGGACACCCACCAGCCGGCUGUUGACACCGAGGAGCAUCCACUCCCUCCCUCCCACUCUUCUCUAUUGGAUACAAUGAGCCCUGACACCAUAGUGCCUCUUCUUCAAGACACACCUCAGCCUGGCUCACCAGAACACGACAGGACUGUCACUGCUGGGAACAGUCCACCCCCUAGGCUGGCUGAGAUUGUAUCUCCCAGCUGCACUUACCCUGUGAUGGAUGAGACCAUUUUACUGACUGGAAGCCCCCAGCAGACAGAUGGCAGUGAAAGAGGAAAAGGAGGAGAGGACAACAUCACCUCAACCAAUAUGAGUGACGCGCAGAAGCUAACCCAGGACCAGCUGGCUGAGAGAGUGCUAGCAGAGGACAGCACCAGCCUGUUACCAGUACUAGAGGAGGAGGAGGAGGGCAUACAGGAGUCAGUGGUGCAGGUGUCUACAGCGGAGGUGGACUUGGCAGGGACAGUCAAUCUGGCAGGGGACGGAGGCUCUCAGACCAUGGAUGGACUGAAUGUUGCGCCCACUGACCCGUCACAGGGUCCAAGGGAUGCUACGACGCCUGACCCCCCAGGAGCCAAAAUGGACUCCCUGGUUCUCAGGAGCAAGUUCAAGAAGGAACUGGAGCUGUCUCACAGUAUGGAUGUCAUCGAGGAAGGGAAGGUACAAGAGGACCUGAGUGAAACCGGUGUUACCACAGAGAAGAACGUUGAAACCUCUGUUGUUUCUGAGGACUCAACCGUAGGUGACAGAAGCAGCCUGUCCCCUAACGACAAGGAGAUUGAGACGGAGUUCCAGCGCCUGUCCCUGGGCUUUAAGUGUGACCUGUUCACCCUGGAGAAGAGGCUGAGGCUGGAGGAGAGGUCACGGGACCUGGCCGAGGAGAACGUCCGGAGGGAGGUGUCCAGUUGCCAGGGACUACUACAGGCCCUGGCCCCUCUGUGUGAGGAUGAUAACCAGUCUAUGGAGAUCAUCGAGAGACUUCAGAAGAACCUGGACGUCCUCAUCCAGUCCAUGACCAGAGUGUCCAGUCGCUCAGAGAUGCUGGGCGCCAUACACCAGGAGUCUCGUACAGGCAAGGCAGUAGAGAUAAUGGUCCAGCAUGUAGAGAACCUGAGGAGGAUGUACACUAAGGAACACGCUGAGCUCACUGAGCUGAGGGAGAACAUGUUGCAGAACGAGAGGUCCUUCGGCUCCCACUCUGGAGGAACACACUCCGAUGAUUUCAGAGGCAAAAAGCAAUCUGGAGCAACGUACUAUAAGGCAUCAGCCCGACGGGUCAGCAUAGCAGCUAUCCCCCGGUCCGGUGGUGGAGGGGGACCCAUGCAUUUUGACAUGCCUAAUAAACUGCAGGACACCACCGAGACGGAGGCGGAGAGACUCACCCACAGAUCUCCCUGGAAUGUGACAGGGAAGAGCACGGGGCGUCCUCCUCUAAAGCGCUUUGUUAGCUCCGGGGCUUGGGUUGAGACUGACGAGCCRUCACUCGUGAUGCUGAUGAAGGGGCCUGCCUACGACACAGACUCCCCUUCAGAUGAGGAGAGGAGAGAAGUGCCCGUUCAGAGGAAGUCCAGUCUCACUGAGCUGGGCAACAAAAUCACCGCCCUGAUUAUGCCCAACAAGACUCCCAUCCUGGCAGAGCAGGCCGCAGCAGCCCCGGGUUCAGGCUACUCCUCCCAGCCUGCGUCUGCAGCGAGUGGGUCCCGGGGACUGUGGCUGUGGCUGGCCCUAGUAGUGGUCCUAGCAGGCCUCCUGGCCCUCCUAGCCAGCCUGGUGCUGCAGCCGGCCGUYGAUGCAGCGCCCGUGGGGACAGGGGACUCCUGGGUGACCAUCCAGCAGCUCCUGUGGCCCUACACAGGGCUGAGGCACAACGGACAGCCACCGGUUUAGAGGGGCAGUGGCCCCAACAGACAGAGAUGGACAGGCAGGCAUCUGGCUAUGGUCAACCCCUGGAAGGUCUUCUGCAACUUGAACCAUCACGUGUGUUCUACUAGUUAGUGUGUGAAGAAAGAGCAAUUGAAGACAGAAGCAGUCGGCGUGUUGGUGCUGAAGUUUCUGAACACUGACCACCACAGCUAAGGGAGAUUUCCUAUUGGUGCCCGGAGACAUUCUGCCGCACCAUUACGGAAGGGAGAUUGUAAUGUUAUUGGCCGUUGUAUAUGUGGGCACAAUGUUGUCCAAUCAAGUCAAGGAGGACACCAGUGUUGGGCUGUCCAAUCAUGUAAUGGACUUCAGUGCAUGCUAUCCAAUCACGUCACACCUUUUUGAGCGUUUGUUGGUCCAUCAACAUGCUUGCUCAUGGACAGUGGAUUUAGCAGUUUUUGCUUUUUAAAACACAUUUCAUAGUAAACUUCUGAAUCUAUGGCAUUUGCGGUUGCCUGAAGAGGCCACCACUUUAAGAAUUAUUUAGCAUUAAUUUGUUAAGUUGUUGUAGGUGAAAUAGUUUUUUUUUUAAAUUACAUUUAUGAACCUUGGUAAUACACUGCCAUUUUUUAAUUUAAUUUAUUGUUUGACAGCAUUAGACUGUGUGGGGAUAUGAAUAUCUAUUAUAUUGCAUCUGUUUUUGUUAUAACCAGCGUUUUGUUACAAACUCACACAAAUGMUUUUUACGCUACUUCUUUAAGUGCUCACUUGUGAAAUUCAUCCACUUUUGUAUGUUCCAAAGAGGGGGAGUCAAACUUUACACAAUAAAGGAACUUUAUUCUGCAGAAAUAAA